UCUUUCAUUUAGUUUCUCUCCCAGUGAAUGUUGAAUUCAACAACAUCACCAUGAUUAUCACUCUCAUCUUCAGAUCAUCAAAAGAAUACAAAUAAUUUUUGAUAAACUAAUCACCAAUUUCACCAAACUAAUGGUCAUCUACAAAUGCUAAUAGUUGAUUGAUUGAUGGGUGACAGCAAACGAAAAAGAAAAACAAUCAUUUAAAUGACAAUUAGUGCAACAAUUAACUCAAACUGUAUCGAAAGUAAAAUGUUUCCCUGUUGAUAAAAGAAAAUAGUCCAAAGUGAAUUGAAUUGAAAAAAAGUAUUUAAAUUGCUAAUUGAACAUUUUAAUUGUCACAUUCACAUACGAAUAGAAUAAUUAACUCGAUAUUUUUUUCUAUCAUUCCUUAUAUAUGUUACACUUUAAAUGGAUUCCCUGGUUUAUCAACACAUUGUUAUACCACCUACACGACAUCAUCAUCAUCAUCAUCAAUUACCGUUAACUUUACCUUAUUUUACUCACUCAUCAUCACCCACUUCAUCCUUGGUUAAUACACUUUCAUCAACUUUAUCUUCAUCAUUAUCACCACAUCAACAUCAUCACGCUCAUCCAUAUCUACAUCAAUAUCAACCACAUCCUCAUCAUCAUCAUCACCAUCAUCAUCACUCCACCAUCCAUUCACCUUACAUUCAUUAUCCAAACUCAAUUUCACCUUCAUCACAAUCUUCAUCAUCUUUUCAUGAACAAUUAAACAAAAUAUCAACUGAUUAUAAUAACAAUAACAACAAUAACAAUAAUAAUCAAACAACAAUCUCAUCUAAUUCAUCAACUUCAUCAAUUAACUAUCGUGUCAGUUAUACUAAUCAUUUGAAUAAGAUUAUCAGUGGUAAACAUCAAAACAAAAGCAACAUCAAUAAUCAAACUAAUACUCUCGAUAAUAACAGUAAUACAAUUGAUAAUAGUGAUAAAUUAAUUAAUAAUAUGGAUAUAAUUGAUACAAACAAUUCUAAUUGUAAACAAUCAAAUGCAACAUCGUUAAAUUUUAUCAAUGAUUCAGGAUCAUCAAUAGUUUCAUCAACAUCAACUUCAACCGUUACCUCAACCAAAACCAUCAAAACAGUAAAAAUGAACCGUCCAAGUCAAGUGAAACCCUCGGAUUCUGAGGGCCGUGGUGAGGAAAGGAAACUGUUUGUCGGAAUGUUAUCAAAACAACAAUCGGAAGAGGAUGUGAGACAAUUAUUUCAAGCCUAUGGGACCAUUGAAGAGUGUACAGUACUUCGUGGUCACGAUGGUCAGUCAAAGGGUUGUGCAUUUGUUAAAUUUUCAUCACACGGAGAAGCUCAAUCGGCGAUCAAUGGUUUACACGGAAGUCAAACUAUGCCAGGAGCUUCUUCCUCUCUGGUAGUUAAAUUUGCCGACACGGAAAAAGAGAGACAAAUCCGUCGAAUGCAACAGGUCGCCGGUAACAUGAGUAUCUUCAGUCCAUUUAUGGUCAACACUUUUGGCUCUUAUGGAGCCACAUAUGCCCAACACCAUCAUGCUCUUAUGGCAGCGGCAGUCGCUUCCCAAGGUUAUAUCAAUCCGAUGACUGCUUCAGCCGUUUUAACAGCUACUCUACCCCAGGGUCAAUUACAAAAUGGACUCACAAGUCCGGCCAAUUUAACACCAACCUCCGAACCCUGUAUUGGUUUCGUUGGGCUUGGUGGUAAUCCAGCUAAUCUUACCAAUGGAGUCUCUCAUGUCCAUUCACAUUCUCAUCCUCAUCCACCAACCUCAGCACCAAGUCCACCAAGUUUUCCAGGCCAUGCAUGUAAUGUGUCCACAGUUCCAACUUCCGCUGUUUCAUCAAGCGCUGUUUCAACUGGCGGAUCAGGACAUUCAGGUGAAGACUCUAUUUUUACCAAUGCAUGUCUUUCUGGUCUAUUGCCACCACCACCCACCCACCCUGUUGGUACCAUUACAAAUGGAGCACCCGGACAUGAGUAUCUAUCACCUUCCUCCGCUUCUGCAGCCCUCGCCGCCGCUGCAACAUUUUCCAGCCUUAAUCCUCACACACCUUACGCCGGGUUACCUGCUUAUCCUUCAGCUGCAGCAGCAGUUUAUGCUGGUCAGUUUGCUCAAGUUCUAGCAGCACAACAAUCUGCAAGUGCCAUCGUUGCAUCAUCGGUGGUACAACGUGAAGGACCCGAUGGUUGUAACCUUUUCAUUUACCACCUUCCCCAAGAGUUUGGUGACAUUGAGCUAAUGCAAAUGUUUCUUUCCUUUGGUAACGUAAUAUCAGCUAAAGUUUUCAUUGAUCGAGCCACUAAUCAAUCAAAAUGCUUUGGCUUUGUGAGCUUUGAUAACCCAGAUAGUGCCCAUAAUGCGAUACAAGCCAUGAACGGUUUCCAGAUUGGCAUGAAACGCCUUAAGGUUCAAUUGAAACGACCAAAAGAUGCCAAUAGACCUUAUUGAUAAAACUUAUCACAACAAACAAACAAACAAACCAAAAAAGUUAUUAAAACAAUUGGAAAUCGAUGGAACCAGAAAACUUAAUCGUAUUAACCCAAAAAUUGAGAUCAAAAUAAAUCCAGAAACAAGUAAACAAGAAGAUAAUUUUUAAUUACCAAGUAUUAAAAGUCCUCGAGAAAUUAAGUUUAAAAAUCGUAUCAAUAUUUUGAAAAUUGAACCAAAACAAUUAUCAAAAAUACAAAAGACAAUUAUUGUCUCAAUGAGCCUUUUGCCACAUCAUCAUCAUCAUCAUCAUCCCAUCAACAGAACCAUUAUCAUCAACAUUAUCUUCAUCUUCAUCUUCAUUUUCAUCUUCAUCUUCAUCAUCGUUAUCAAUUAUCAUCUUAUCAUAUGUUACAUCCUCAUGAGCUCAGGCCAAAAGCAAAACAAAACUACAACCAGAACCAAAUUAAUUAGCCAUUUCUUAACAAUUAACUAAUAAACUCAAACUCACAAAACUUUAACAUCAAUAACGAUUUAAGUUGAAACAAUUAACACUUAAAUUAGGAUUCACAAUAAAUAAGAAAACAAACUACAAACUAAAUCAAAAAACUUUCACAAUUAACAAAAAAAACACUCACACUCUCACACGACAUCAACAAAAAACACCAAUUAACAUAUUCAAUUAACGCAAACCAAAAUAAAACUAAACAAUUAAGGAUUCAAUUUUAAUUGCAACAAUUGUAAUCAUGAUGAUAAUAAUGAUAAUAAGAUAUAAAAUACAAGCAUACAGAUAAUUUAACAAUUAAAGUUACUUAUUGAAAUUA